AUGGCUUUUGACCGAGACCUGGCUAUUAGCAACCCGCUGCAAUAUUCUGCUAUCAUGACCCAGAAGUUGUGUGUGCAACUUGCUGUUCUACCAGGGAUUGUUGGAAUUGUCACUGUAUCUGUUCCUUUUAUCUUUACAUAUAAAUUGGAAUUCUGUGGCCCUAAUGAAAUCAAUCAUUUCUUUUGUGAUUUUGCUCCUCUGCAGUCCUUGGCUUGUUCUGUUCCGUUCAUCACUAAAGUGGCAACAAGCUCAGCUGCCUUUUUUGUUUUUGUACUCCCAUUUAUAACAACUGUUGGACUCUACAUCCAUAUCAUUGUCAUCAUUUUUCAGAUCCACAGCGCUGAAUCUAAACAGAAAGCCUUCUCCACCUGCUCUUCCCACCUCACUGUAGUAGGUUUGUAUUAUAUUACGGCUAUGACUGUGAAUGUUGUGCCAAAAGGUUCCCAUUAUGACAGGUUCCUUGCCCUUAUAUAUGCUAUCAUUACCCCACUUUUGAAUCCAUUUAUUUACACUUUCAGAAACAAGGAUGUAAAAAGAGCGCUCAUAAAAUCAAGGAGGUUAAAACUUUGUUCAUUUUAA